AUGUCUACCCUCAUAGCACGCCUCAGAGCAGCCUCCACCAGAAGUCUCACUCGAUGGUGUAGUGAUGUCGCAGAUCCAGAGGAAGGAACUUUCGAGUGGAUACUGAAGAGGCCAGCGUUUUUGACCCUGCUUCAGCCGGACUCCUCUGGAAUACUGCAUAUUUUGGGAAAGCCAGGAUGCGGCAAAACUGUCCUUGCAAAGCACAUUUACUAUAAGUUUGAUGCUUUUACUGGGCCGGCAACAAAAUAUCCAGUUGGCAAAACCCUUCUCUUUGCCUGCGACGCAGCCGUUGACGGAUCACGAGCCGCGAUAAACAUUCUAACCUCUCUGAUGACGCAGAUGUUAGAGUUUCAAGAGGAGUCCAAGGAGCCUCUGGAGCCCCCAUUAUCCUCUCUGGCGCUCGAAGAAACAUGGUCGUUUCAUCAGCUUGCAGAAGCAUUUUCUGGUUUGAUAACUGGGCUCUGGCCUCAUAUUCUGGGGACCAGAAAGUAUGCAAUUGUAAUAGACGGCCUCGACGAGUGUGACUCGGGAUCUGAACGCGAUGCACUGCUGGAGCUAUUCUCUAAGGUAGCUGGAGCCUCUCAAGGCGGAACAACCCCCGUCGCAAUAGUGGCAACCAGCCGUCCAUACGCAGAAAUCUCCUUUUCCGGUGGGUACACAAAUAUACUCGAUCUCAACACGGAGAAAGCGAUGGACCAAGAUCUGGCCACCUAUAUCCGGCAUGGAGUUGCCAAUUUGGUCAGCAAGCGUCCGAAACUUGCAGCAUAUCAACAAGUCAUCGUCGAUAAACUUGAGAAUCGUGCUGAUAAGAUGUAUCUCUUGAUCAGGCUGCUGUUGGAAGUCUUGCUACACAUGAUCGACUCUUCGCCCUAUUCUAUCGACUCAAUCCUAGUGUCUCUGCCAGAAACUUUAUCAGACAUCUACGAUCAAAUCUGGUCAAGGGUCGCAAGUGCAGAAGAAGGGCGGGCCAGGAUGAUCUUUUCUUGGUUGUUGUGUGCUAUUAGGCCGUUUACGUUGAUCGAACUUGGGAUUGCCAUUGCGACAUAUGAUUACAAUAAGUGGCAUCAGCAGCACGAAGGCACAAAGUUUCGCUUGAACAUAGCCGGACAUGAGACAACUAGACAUAUCCAGGACAAGAAUGGGCUAUUGACUAAGAUCCCACCUUUUCACCGUGCGCGUUUCGAAGGGUAUAUACCCUUCAUGCCGCUGGAUCUGGAGGGAGACUUGAACAGAUUAUUUGGGCCUCUGGUCAAGAUAUCAAGAUCCCAUAAGCUAAGCCGUGAGGGUUCUGAACAUGAAGACUCCACGACUGAGGAGUCAAGAAAUACGGAAGAAGGGCAUACGAAUGUUACGCAUGUCAACCUUGUUCAUUCGCCGACAGUAGACCGCAUGCCCUGGUUUAGAGCAAAGCAAAACGGAGAUUCCACUGCGGCGUGGCCAUCGUCGCCAGAAGGGUGGUACGAAAUUGAUGAAAGAAAGGCCCUCGACGUAAUACGAAGAACCGAGAGAUUGCUGGGGCCCUAUUCCACCAGCAAGGGCCGCGACUAUUCGACUAAAGACCUUGAGCCUAAGGUUACACUCUGCCACCAAACAGUGCAAGAACACUUUUCCUCCAAGCCUGGGUUCCUAGAUGAACCAGGUACGCAUCUGCAACUGGCAGAGCUCUGUGCCCGGACGCGGGAUGGAACGGUCACAGGAGACAGCGACACCGAGUCGAUCGAUACCUUGGAUGAGGCUACGGCGACACAGCCCGACGAUUCACGGGACUACUCAGAGUACUGGCGAGAUCAUCGACUGAUGGCGGUAAUGCUAGAUCCAUGGUUAAAUGGUAAGGUACGACUGAGACGGAGAAGGACGGCUCCUUCGAAACUCGUCAUUCGCCAGCGCGAAUCCGACUACAACUUCUAG